GUGCCUUUGGCAUCUUUCCCUCCCACGUCACCAUGGAUAGUCUCCCUGAUGACAUACUUUACAUGCUCAUCCUCUGUCUCGUUCAUGACGUCGGUAUUCACGAGUCACUCAAGCUUCGAUCGCUCGAUUUAGCGUCGUCAUUGAGGAUAUCAUUUAUGCCUUGCCGACAUUCGAAAAAGAAGAUGAUCAGAGCCCACCCCAUCUGAGACGAGACCCACGAAUGCCGAAAGUGAUGGUAGCACAAUUAAUUCAACGAAAGACAUACAUGCACAAUGGUCGGAAUCGAAGUAUUUGCUUAUCGAUCCGAAGGGCCGAAGAUCUCCUGGCUACGGUCUCGUUAGACAAAGAACGCACCGCCCUUGGAAAAUGUGCACAAGUCUUAGCUACGACGGCUUCCCAUACUCUCUAUUUUUUUGAUAUCAUCAAGCACCUCAAGGUGGCCGACAAGGCAGACGCCUACCCGGAAGAAACUCCUCUUGAGAAUGCCUUGAUUGCUGCAACCUGUAUGCAUCAAGUCUCGACAGUGAAGACGCUAGUUAAAAUGGGAGCAAAGUCAACUGCGAUGACAAGGUUUUUUGGAGAUGCCAUGACAGCUGCUGCCAGAUUCGGUUUCCACGAUAUACUGGUCCAUUUUCUCGACCAUUCUUCUAUCACGCCGUCCCCAAUUAGGUUUCUUACGCACGCCACAGCGCUCGAAGCGGCCUGCGUAGCAGGAAACGAGCAGGCUGUGUCUAUGUUACUCAGACGAACACCACUGCAUCGACCACAAUUAUGGUUUGAUACGGCUGCCCAAAGUGCUGUCCGCGCCAAGGAUGAGCCUAUAGCACUGAUGAUUUUGCACAAUAGACAACCACAUAUCGACGAGAAGGAACCUAUGUUUUGGGUCAAUCUUCUCAGAACAGCUUCGAAGACCGCCUGCAAUACUGUAAUAGAGUUUAUUUUCAAGUCGAGUAAGACAGACUUCGACGAAGAGCACAUUGCCUUAUCAAUCGAGGAUGCAAGCCAAUGUGGACAUGUUUCUACAGUGCAACUGCUGCUCACCAGAUCGCCGAGUCGCAUGAAAUUGACAGGUGCCGCCUUUCUCGCAGCAUUUCAUGGCCGGAAAGAAAUCGUCAAUCUGCUUAUUGCCAAUCUCGGCGAUUCUGAAGAAUGUAUUGUUGCUGAUACUCUCGCAGGCGCUGCCCUCAACGGACAUGUAGAUCUGAUUCGCCAUGUGAUGCGGCGGGUAACAGGGAAAACCGACAGCAUUCCAAACUUUGGAGGCUCCAAGUUGAUGAUUUACGUCUAUGCAAUAAACUCCUGGCUCGAUCUUCGGGUCGGGCGUCGCCAGUGGAAACCCUCUUUACCGUCUGCCACGUCCGAUCAAUCCCUAUGGGAAGCCUGUGAAGAAGGGAGAAUUGGAGAGGUUAGGAAACUAAUCUCAUCCGCACGUAAACGACGUAUGAGUGCGCUUUGUUCUGCGGCGGCAAGGAGGCGUCAUCCAGGUCUUCUGCUUUACCUUAGUCAGUUCGUUCCACCAUGGGUGCUACCUGCAACCGCUCUCGAGUCAGAAUCAAGAGCAAUAUUCGAGGUAUACUUUUCUCUGGGUUGGAAUGUGAAUGCACCACUCAGCAGAAUUACACCUCCACUACUUGGGUACGUCCUUGACGACGAGUUCCUCGUACAAUGGCUUCUUGAUCACGGGGCAGACCCAAACACACGAUGCGAUUGGGAUUUCACUCCCAUGUCUCGUGCUGUCUCGGUGGCAUCGUUACCCGUCCUUCGUCUGCUUUUCGAACGAACCGAGAGUAUUCGGCCCGGCCAACUCAUUCAUUUUGUACUCGACCGGAAAGAACCUGACGUCAAGGAUAUUAUCGAUCUGCUCCUUGACCUGGGUGCUUCAUUACAUGCGAUACAAUAUCAGGAUGACCCCGCAUCUUGGGCUGAGAUGAAGUACCUUGGUUUAGGCACCCCCCUGCACGGGGCGAUUCAACUCGGAAGGAAGGAUCUGGUGUCAUAUCUGAUCAAGAAAGGCGCCGAUCGUAUGAUCAAAGAUUCUUUGGGGAGAACCGCCAUUGCCCUUGCCGAGACUUGUGGCUGUGAAGAGAUCAUUCAACUUGUCGGAGACGAUCAAACCAAGCCUUCGAGUAGGUAGCCUUGAUCGCCACUCGGUCGAAAAUCUCCAGUAAGAUACCUCUAUUUUGUACUUUGUAAUAUUAGAUCCUGCUACAACCCGUACCCCCCAUUACGUGGCUGUCCAAGCAGAGUUCUACUUGCCAAUUGCUAGGGCAUUUGAUUUCCUUCAACUCACUCAAGGUUGAUCAGCAAGAAAUGGCCAAGGUAUAUGGCGGCAAAUUGAGAAUUGUAACAUGAGAUCUCCCAGGACAGUCAUGCUCUCGUGAAGUCGUGUAUUUGCGCUUUCAUCAUGGCAGAUACUUACUUGGCCUUCUCAGUGGGAAUAAUCAAAUAGGACCGCCGCCGCUUCAGCCUUGUACGGCGUAUCAACUCUGCAAUAGCCCUUCCGCUCAAGUUGAAUAAUAU